AUGUCGUGGAGGGCGAGGCUUUCGACUAACAUGCAGGAGCUCCGCUUCAUCAUGUGCACUACCUCACCCAACAGUGGAGGCGUGCGGUCUUUCCUGGACAGCAACUAUGCUGAGUUGAAGAAGCUCAACCCGCGGCUCCCCAUUCUUAUGCGAACUGGCGAACAAGCCCCGCCCAAGGUCUACGCUCGCUACGACUGGGGCGAGGAGCGGGGGUUCGACCUGCACAACGCGACGGAAAAGGAGGUCGAGGACCGAGUGCGUGAGCUCACCCUGAUGGGCGAGAAGAUGGAGAAGAGCUUCGAGUCGAUUCCCAAGGACAGGGAUCUCAUCGACGAGUCCGACGUCAGGAAGUUCGACACCUAUUAA